AGUAUUUGAUCUUCUUUUAAAUUGUUUGCUUUAAAAUAGCCAUGUCUGGGAGUUCCUGCCAUGGCUCAGCAGAAACGAAUCCAACUAGUAUCCAUGAAGAUAUGGGUUCAAUCUCUGGCCUCGCUCAGUGGGUUAAGGAUCCGGUGUUGCCUUAAGCUCUUGGUGCAUGUGGACCGCGCUCGGAUCCUACGUUGCUAUGGUUGUGGCGUAGGCUGGCAGCUGUAGCUCCAGUUGGACCCCUAACCUGGGAACCUCCAUAUGCCUCAGAUAUGGCCCUAAAAAGCAAAAAAUAAAAAUAAGAUAGUUAUGUCUGGGAAUUCCUGCUGUGGCACGAUGGGUUAAGGAUCCAGCAUUGUGCCAGGUGCGGCAAAAAGAGUCACUUCAUUUCAUAUUUUCUUUAAACGUGGUGUUUUUCACUGUGACUAAGUAGAGGUGGUUCAGCAGAUCUACCAAAAUAAGAGGCACAAUUCCUCAGAGUUACAUCAUAGUUUGAGUCCUUAGUGAGAUGGAAACUGCAAGACACCAAGAGAUGGAACUUGCUACAGAAUUUCUUUUGCCCCUCCGCUCUUUAAAUACAUUGUCCAUCAACAUUCAGAUAUUUCCCACUGCAUUCUGGUGUCAUUCUAAUGGUAGGUUACUCAGUAAAGGAAAUACUGCUGAGGUUUUGCCAGCAGUCCGCCGCGGAGCUGCAGGUAAUGGUUGUUAGGUAAUGGUUUCAGCAAAGUGGGGGUGGGUUGAUGGUGGAGUUGUGCUCUGGCUGCUUUUGUCUAUCAGCCCUCUGCCAGGAAUGGUGGUCCAUAGGCAUAGCCAGUCAUAAAUUAUCUUUGCAUUAUUUGGGACAAAUGAAUGAGUUUUUCCUAUUUAUUAUUUAAAGAUACAAAUAUCAAAAAAGCAGGCAAGGCAGAGGUCUAAAAAAAGAUGCCUUCCACUGGAGAGCUGCAGACAUUAGAGAUCUUGCCCACAGGGUGGCGCUGUGGCCUCUCUUCUUGGAGGAGCAUAUAGGUAAGUGCUCCAUUCGUGGCUCAUAGGUAACCAGCCGGCUAGGAUCCCUGAGGAUGCUGUGAGCUGUGGUGUAGGUUGCAGAAGUGACUCGGAUCUGGCAUGGUCUUGGCUGUGGCUGUGGAUUUGACCCUAGCCUGGGAACUUCAGUACGCCACAGGUGCAGCCUUUAAAAAAAAAAAAAAAAAAAAAAAAAAGGGCACCAGCCCGUCCAAAAUGCUGUUUAUUCCGUCAUUUCAUGACUUCCCAGGAGAAGGGGGGUGGGGUUCUCAGGAUUUCCACAAUAUUUGGCUCAAAUGGAUUUACUCCUGUUGAGCCCUGGCCUGGAGUCACUUUUGAUGAGAACUGGUUUUUCUCAUGGGUAGAGAAACUGGAGUAACUUUCUUGGGCCCCAAGUUUGUAGGUAAUAGGGCACACUGCCCCCUAUUCCUUUCUUUUUUGAAUGUCACUAAAAUCUACUUUUGAAAUUUGUAUUCACUGAAUCCCAAGGAACCCAUGAAAGAUGUUAAGUCCUGAGACCUCUCUUUAACGGGGGCAACCCUUAGUGACUGUGUGGUUCUGGGCAGAACAACCCAAUCCGCAGAUAGUGGUUGGAACCCAGUUCCCUGGAAGACAUAGAUGAUUUUUUCAGUCCUCCUUUAGUUUUCUCCAGCGUUAUUUCUGGCAUUUCUUUCAGAGACAGGUAUAUUUGAGGAGAAAAUCUCUUCUUCUUUCUCUUCAGAAGCCAUUUAUCCUGUUCUGCCUCCUGUUGACCAGCAUUGGUGUACAAAGCUCUCUCCCUAGUUUGGUGGUUAGCGUCUCCAAGGCAGGACUUGUGUGUUGCUCACAGUGAAACACUAGCUGCAUAAAUGUUUGUAAAGGAUAAUGUAAUUCCUUCUUCCAGCUGCCAUGUCUCUUCCUUGCAUCUUCACAGAACCAUUCCAUGGUUCUCAGUUUUGGUCUCUCUGGCUCCCACUGCAUAUCUCUUUUCCUCCCUGAGAGCAAGUAAUAUGCACAGUCAAAAUGGCAGGGUGUCUUGUAGGCACUUAGUAAUUUACUCCUAAUCCCAAAGGGAGAGACCCCAGCAGUAAGACCCCAGGUUUUCUUCACAAAAUUGGGUAGUCUGCUGUUUCUUCCCUUGCCUCUAUGCUCAUUUUAAGGUUUCAUAUAUGAAGUAUCUGGGUUAAACAAGACAAGACUCUCCAUAAUCAUGGAUUCUAAAGGAAGAUAUGCUCUCUGCAAGGAUCAAGGGCCCUCAUCAGAUCACUAGAUGGUCUAUACAACAAUAGCAAGAGAGCUAAGCACCAGUUCCCAGGCAGAGCAUCAGUGCAAGUAGGAAGUGGGACAAUGGACUAAACAAGCAAACAAACUGAGUAUCUCCCAAAAGUGGAAGUUACCAGAGAUCUCUGUUUCCAAGGCAACAGCAACCUGCUAAGAUCUUGCUUGAGAAUAAGAACAUGAUUAGCCAGGGUAUACAGUUUUGCAAAUCAUUAAUGAUAAGUGUAGCAUGAGGUUCAACUUUCUCUGUAUCCCUUUAUUUCUGAUUCUAUUCUUUCCUGGGUGGAAAACCAAAAUAUCACUCAGAUCUUAGGAUCUGUUUCCUCACAGUUUAAUUUUUGACGUCAUAAAGAGGACAAGGCGUGGUACCUGCUCAGACCCCCUGGGCACACACGUCUUCUAUGGCACUGACCUCAUUAUAUUUCAAUUGUUUGAUGGCAGGUUGUAUUUCUCACUAAAAUGGUAGUUCAUUGAGAGUAGGUCAGAUUAGUUCAACAAGGUUUACUGAAUAUCUUUUAUGUCCUAGGCACUUUGCCAGAUCUUGGAAAUGUAGAAAUGAAUAAAAAUGUCUCUGACUUUGAGAAGCUUGUAUCUAGUAGAAAAGAUGAACAGAUAUUUUUCAGUACCAUGGUAAGUGUAAGGAUAAAAGUAUGUAUAAGUUGCCUUGUGCUCAGAAAGCCGUUCUUAGCUCAUCUGAGGGGACAAAGAUGCCUCAAAUUGACUACUGACUCGACUCUUGAUGUAUGAUAGGAAUUAGCUAGCAAGGCAGUUUCGGUGGAGGAGGGGUCUGAAUCCAGGCAGCACUGGGUCACCAAGUGAUUGGGCUUAGGAACCAAAGACAAUGGGUACAGUAUUCCUCCCAGAAGAUGCAAUGACAAUGAAAAUGAUGGUGUGGGACAGUGAAUUGAACCCUUACCUUGUCGCUUAUAGUGUGCUUGUCAGGGAAGUCCUAGGUCUUGGUGUUUGUUGUCAGGAAUAUUUAGUUCCAGUGACUAAAAUGGAACUAAUCCUGCUCAAUAAAAAUAGACUUUCACAUUUGUAAAAUUUCCAAUAGGAAUAACAACGUUAUUAAGUAAAAGUUUAAGCCAAGAACUUCCUAAACCAGCAUUUUCCUUGUAUUUCCUCUAAACGGGGAAAAGGACCAUUAAGAGUAGAAAUUUGAUUCUUCAUAUGUAUCAUAAAAGGAGUUUCAUCAGAAGGUACAUAAGAAGGACCUACUGCAUAGCACAGGGAACUCAAUGUUCUGUAAUAACCUAUACAUGAAAAGAAUCUGAAAAAGAAUGGGUAUGUGUAUGUACAUGCAUAGCUGAAUCACUUUGCUGUAUACCUGAAACUAACCCCACAACACUGUAAAUCAACUAUACUCCAAUAGAAAAGAAAAAUUAAAUUAUAAAAGAAACAAUUUGAUCGUUUAAACAGAUGGAACUGAUAAAAUCAUCCUGUCGUGUUCAACUUACUGACUUGCUUGCAUCACUUUGUACCUGGUGUAACUCAGACAAUGACAACAACAACAACCAAAAAAAAAAAAAAAAAAAGGAAAAAAAAAAAAGACGACACAUCAGGUAUAAAAACACAACAUUCAGGAUGUAUUAUAUCAUAAGCUCCCCCUUGGGAAGCAGUUAAAAUAUCAAAGGCCAUGCAAUUUUGAAGGACCACUUUUCUUAUCAUGAGACUUUAGAACUGAGCAAGCUAUUGGCUUGAUGACUAUCAUUCAAAGUUUGCUCAGUGAAUUUUGUUAAAGCCACUAAGGGAGGGAUGAUAUCUUCUAUUCCAAGUGAAAAAAUGAAUAGACUGGCUAAAUGGUCCAACUGAUUGAAACUCAGGCAUGCUCACAUUAAAAGCAGAGUGUUGAGGGCUGUUGUCCAGGCCCCUAUGUAUAUAGGUGAUCUUAAGCCCCCCAAAAACUAAUUGUGCAUCUUUCUAACCAACCUGGGGAGAGCUAAGGCCAUAAAUUUGUUCUACAAAUCCAUAGAUCCCAUUAGGAUCUACCCAAUAUUUAAUAUCUAGUGAAAAGGAAUAUUUAUGGCCAGGUUUAGAACAGGUGUCAUGAAAUCAACCAGGUUAAGAAGAUCCCACUUAGUAAUAUUGGCAGCAAUGAUAGCUUGCUUGGUACUAGAAUUUCUUUCUUCUAAAAUAAAAUUUCUAAGAGCCAUGCCAGGCCUCAGAGAGGAUAAACCUACGGAGAUGACCUAGGAGUACUGGACUGAGGUAACUGGGUUUGUAAACCCAGCAAUUGGGUUGAUUUUUGAAACUUGGAAAUGGUUAAGCUCAAGGAAUAAAUAUAUUUGGUUUGUAAGCAAAAUAUGAAAAAAUUAUCGAAGUAAUUAGUAUACAGUCCUGGUCCAGCAUCUUGGGUUAGAUGUCUACUUCAGAUGUCAUCUUCAUCUUCUUCUGGUCUUGUAGUGCUGGUCUAAGGUACUUGAAACUGGGCGUCAGAAACAGGAGUUGCAGUUCAUUUAGGAAAUGCGGCCUAAAAGGGCCCCUUCCUUGGCUAUAAAGAGUCCUUUGAUGUCUUUUCCAGUAUGCAUAAUCUCCUGGUUGCAGAUCAUGGGGUAUCUCUUCUUUAUCCAAAAACAGAUUGCUGUGAUAAGCUUCAGAAACAAACGUUAGAAUAAUGCAACAUAACAACAAAGAGCCAUCUGAAUCUUUGGCAGUGACUAUACAAAAAAAAAAUAAAUAAACAACAACAACAACAACAAAAAAAAACAAAAAAAAAAAAACCCUCAAAAACAACACUAGAAAUCUUUUUUUUUUUUUUUUUUUUUUUUUUUUUUUUUUUUUGUUACAUCUGCAACAUGCCAAAGUUCCUGGGCCAGGGGUCAAACCCAUGCCACAGCAAUGACCCAAGCCAUAGCAGUGACAAUGCUGGAUUCUUAACCUGCUGAGCCACCAGGUUCAUUCCAACACUAGAAUUUAAUGUCCACCGAAACAAUUUCUUUUCUCUAUAAAAUUAUUUCAAUUUCUACCAAAUGACUAAUUUAUUUGCAAAAUAAAUCUGGCUUCAAUAAACUUAGCCUGAUUAUUUAUGUAAGAGGCAUUUACAGUACAUGGAAAGUUGAUAAAAGCCUUCGGAACACAUUAGUAGACUGAUAGCAGCAAGAGAUUUUUCUGUUCUUAUACUAACUCCCCAAGUUUCUUAGGAUGAGAUUAAUUUUACACUCCAUAGAAAAAUAGGAGCUCAGCUCAAAACAAGGUGCCUCUUGGCUAGUUCAAAUCAAAAAUUCUGAAGGAUCAAGAAAAGUCACAGCAAGCUGGUCAUGUUCCAAGGUUAUCACUGUUCACCCUCAUUAAAACCUGUAGCUUAAAGUUGAAAAGUUGUUGAGUUCCUACAGUGCCUGUCAGAUAGAUAGUCAAGGCCUAUACACAUGUCCAAACCCAGACUCUCAGAUGCUCUUUGCAAAAACACUGAGAGAUGAGUUUCCUGCCAAGUAAGUCUAUUAACAGAUGAAAUGUGCACGGAGUAAUCAUACAGGCUACUUAAGUUGGCUGUCCUGGAAAUUUUCAUAAGAAAUCUCAAACUGAACUUUUAAAAGGCAUCAAGGCCAGGAAAGCCAUGUCAAGGGCUUGCCAUCAGAUUCUGCCUACAAUAUCUAUAGAUUUGGGUGUAUUCCUCUCUUCUCGAGGUCACCAAUAUAUCUCGAGAUUCCUGCACCUGCCAGGAGGUGGCAUUUCUUAUUCACUUGAUAAGGCUGCAGGGGACCUAAGGGUCUCCAAUUUCUGGAAAGAACAGGUAGAGAGAAAUGAUAAAUGUUACAAUUCUACUUACAAAAGUAUAAUUUACCAAAUUGCUAUGUCAUAAUUAGCUUGAGGGGAAGGGUUUCCUUAUAUCUGGAAAACAGAUGAAAAACGACUAAUAUUUCAGAUAAAAAAAUUAUGACCGUAUUCAUUAGUUAUCUCAGUCCUUUCUGACUAGUCUUUGAUCUUAAUUUUCUGUUAACAGUUUUAUGAAGUUACCAGGUUUUCCAUUAGAAUUUUUAAUUUCUUACCCAGUUUAGCAGUAUGAUCUGAAAGUUAUCAGAAACCUGUACUUGUCAAAAAGUCCUUUCUAAAACUCUUCUUGAAGAUAAAGCAUUAUUUUUUUUUUCUUUUUUCUUUUUAAGGCUGCACCCACAGCAUAUGGAAGUUCCCAGGCUAGGGGUCAAAUUGUAGCUGUCGGCCUACACCACAGCCACAGCAAUGCAGGAUCCGAGCUGCGUCUGCGACCUACACCACAGCUCACAGCAACAGCGGAUCCUUAACCCCCUGAGCUGAGCGAGGCCAGGGAUCAAGCCUGCAUCCUCAUGGAUGCUGGUCGGACUUGCUAACCUCUGAGCCACAAUAGGAACUCCGAUAACUUAUCCAUAAAUGACAAUGAACUUAAAAAGGCAAGGUUAAAGAUCUGAUUACAGUGCUAUUGACAAAGAAAGUUGGUUGUUGUUGUGGCAAACAUUUUAAGAUGCUAAGUACAAUUACUGCUGAUAAUAUCUACCAGGACAUAGUCAACUUUUAGAAAUUCCAUAUAAUCUCUAAAAUAUUCAUACUAUGACAUUUACUCACACAGUAUAAAGUUUAUUAGCACACAUUUGACAGUAUUUUCCAUGUAAUUUAACAUACCAAAUAAGUCCAAUUAGUUUAAUAUCUUUCCUUCAUAAGGAGAAAACAAUUCUCUUGAGGUGUUCCAGGGGCCCUUUAGAAAACCUCAAAGAUAGAGGUUAAACUUCAGUUAGAAUUUGAACUUUGGGAAUUUUGUCAAAAAUAUCAAAAAGGUUUCAAAACACUUAGUCAAAUAGGAGGAUAGGUCACUAUGGAACAUACUCAUUCACUUUAACAAAGUAACAAUGAAAGACUUCAAAAGCAAAUACACAAAGUUGUAACACAUUAUUUAAAAGGUAAAGAAACUUUACAACCUGCUAUUAAUCUGGUAUCUCAUUUACAUAUAAAUUACUUAAAAAGUUUAUCAUAAUUUUUCUUACUGACAAAUUUUGUUAACAGGAAUACGAUUUUAUUUGCGUUCUAGUAGGUAGUUAACGUUGAUAACUCUAAAGACAUAUCUGUAUUAAUUAAACUGAUAACUUAAACUUGUUUUCAUUCAUUAAUAGUUUACCUUACAUCCCAUGAUCCUGAAGUUCAUUUGGAUUUUUUUAAAAAAUAUAUUUUAAGUAUUUAAAUAAGUGCUUAAUUUCCUUUGGGCCAAUUAAAUAGAGCUUUUCACAAAUUAAUUUUGGCAAUACUAAUUAUCUACAGCUCAUAUAUACAGAUAAUGAGGUAGAGGUGAAAAAUUAGCUAGGUAAAGCAGCAUGCUAUGAUGACAGAGCACAGGAGAGGGGAAGGAACUGGAAGGAUAUCAAGGGGUCUGAAACAGUUAUUUCAUCCAUUUGGACCUUGUCUGAAAAGCUAUGUUUUAGAUAACAUUCUAAGGAAGCUUUCAGUUCUACUAACAUUCCCAAACCUCCCAAAUUCAGGCUCCUGUGUCCAACAUGCAACUAAAAUCAAACAUGGAGACUCUGAUAUUUGGAGAGAGAGAGAAAUAUUUGUUUCAUUUAGCCAAAGCGAGGGCACUGAAGAGCAAAAACUUAGUUCCAUUUUAACAAAGAAGCUAAUAUAGGGAGUUUUAUGUGGUUAGGAAGCAAGAGAGAGGGGGUAUCAGGACACUGAGGGGGAAAUCUGUGUUUCUUCAGUCUCAGAAAAACACCUGGUGCAACCAGACGUCUGGGUACCAGCAGCUCCGUCUUACCUUCCUUAAAGGCAUCCAGUCCUUCUGCAAAAUACACUCAUAUACUCUCCUUGUGACCCUGGAGUUAUCUUCUCUUGCUUGACCAAGAAUCAGUAUUUUGGCAAUCAAAAAUUCUAUCAUGAGAACAAGGGGUGCCAGGCAGGAAGUGGGUGAUUAACAUGUGUGACUAGACAAGGUCUAAUCAGAAGUUAAAUUGACUGCAGUUGCUAAAAUGUUAGGAGGUACUAAGAUCACAAGGGGCACAGCUACACACGUCUAUAUUCCAGUUGAAAUGGACUUUUUAGCAGAAAAAAAGAGUUAAGAAGUUAAAUAUUUUUUCCUUUUUAAAAAAACACAACUGUAGAAAAAGGAAACAAAUAAGUACAGCAUGGUCAUUCGGAUCACUAGAACAACAGUAACAAAAACCUGAAAGCAAAAUAAUUGACUAUUUACAUGAUAUGCUAGAAUAGCAAACCACUUAAGGAUCAAUCACAUUUGGUGGGUAUGAUGAUGUAGGGAGAAAUAGGGAGAAAAAAAUUUGCCUUAUAUUUUUGCAUUAUGCCCAAUGGUGUUACAUACAUUUUUAUUUAUUACAGAGUCCAAGCUUAUACACUCAUCCCACAACAGACCAAUAAAUAGACUAGUUGCUGGGGCAAGGAAUAGCGACCUUAUUCUAAAAGUCAGCAGAUGGAAAAGAUAGUGGACUAGCAUCCCAAAGAACCAUUUUACCCAAGUUAGAAUUCAGGAGGCUUUUAUACUAAAAGGGUGGAAGUGUAAUGGUUGUUGCAAAAUUCUUGGUUCAGAAUCCUGUGUUCUUGCACCUGUCCAUGUAGGUCUCAUCACAAUGUUCCCAUAAACAUCCAACAAAACAAAUGCUAUUCUCUGUUUUGCAACAUUUUAUCUCUAUGUAUGGAAAAGUGUUAAUACCUUUAAGGGUCAGAGUCUUGAGAGUGGGAUGAUUUAUACAUUUCAGGCUGUGAGCAACACUCUUUAACUCAUAGCAAAAGCAAUAUUAGAAAAAAAAGGUAAACAUAAAAGAAACAGAUCCAAUAUGGAGUUAGAUUUGUUCUUUCCUAUUACAUUUUUACUAGCCUACAGAAUUUACCCAAAUAGGACUCCAUGCCUUCUCCAUUCACAGGCGAAUGUUUUGCACUUGAGCCUGCAAUUGAAAGGAAAUUUACAUAGAUCCAAACAACAUAUAGAUUCACUUAUAUUACCAGUGCUGUGCUAAGAAUUUGAGAGAGAAUGGAUGUCCGAUGGGUGAGGACAUGAGUUAUCUGCCAGAUAAAUAUUAGAUUGGUUCACCUCUUGAGACUUACAGUCAUUUUGAAAAUACAUGUAACUGUAAAUUAUGAGGCCCAAGCACUGUUUUAAUUCCCCUUUCCUUGGUUAACCUUCCACAAGGCAUAAUAUUGUUCCUGUUGUUCUUGUGAUCUGAACGACCAUGCUGUGUUUAUCUAUGCUCCAGACAAAGCCUUAAAGAAAAUAAAGUUUGAGUAUUUUUUUUCCAAAUGAUGUGACUUACUCUCUGGUCUGGAUUUCAAAUGUGCCAAUUUAAUGCGAGUUAUAUAUAAUUUACAAUUUUUUUUUGCAAAUAUACACUUACUGCAGAAAUUUUGGAAAAUACAAGAGUGCAAAGAAGUAGAGAAAAAACAUUCUCCAUCUAGUCAACAGAGGUUACGACUAUUUACUUUUUAAUUGGGUUAUGCUAUAUACCUAUACUACUUUGGUAUAAUGAUUUAGUCACAUUUUGUAUCAUGCAUAUGUUCUUGGGUCAUUAAAUACUUGGUAGUUUAGAAAUGUCUAAACAGACUCUCAUUUUAUAGUAAUGCUUUACUUUGUUGAGGUUUUUCAAGUAUCAGAAGUAAAAUAAAGAGCUACAGCUUAUUACAAAAGACUUCUUAAAGACCUGAAAAGACAUUUUUCCAGAAAAGACAUACAGGUGAACAACAGGCAAAUGAAAGAUGCUCAACAUCACCAAUCAUCACGAAAAAUGCAAAUCAAAACCAAUGAGAUAUCACUUCACAUCUUUAAGAAUGACUAUCAUCAAAAAGACCACAAAUAACAAGUGUUGGCAAGGAUAUGAAGAAAAGGGGACACCUGUGCACUGUUAAUGGAAUUGUAAAUUGGUGAACCCACUUUGGAAAGCAGUAUGGAGGUUUCUCAAAACAUUAAAAGUAGGACCACCAUAUAUAUAUGAUCAAGGAAUUUCACUUCUGGAUAUAUAUCCAAAGAAAAUGAAAUAACUAUCUUGAAGACAUAUAUCUAUACCUCCAUGUUCAUGAUAACAUUAUUUAUAACAAAGACAUGGAAGCAACCUAAGUGUCCAUCAAUAGAUAAAUGGAUAAAGAAGAGGAGUACACACACACACAGGAUGGACUACUACUCAGCUAUUAAAAAGGAAUGAAAUUUUGCCACUUGCAACAAUAUGGACUUGGAGGGUAUCUUACUAAAUAUGUUAGAGAAUGACAAAUACUGUAUAACAUCACUUAUAUGUGGAAUCUAAAACAUAAAACUAGUGCAUAUAACAAAAAAGCAGACUCGCAGAUAUAGAGAACUAGUAGUUAUCAGUGGGUGAGGGACAAGGUAGCCGUAGGUGAUUAAAAGGUACAAACUACUAUGUGUAAAAUUAGCUACAGGACUAUAUUGCACAGCACAGGGAAUAUACCUAACAUUUUCUAAAUAUAAACAUAACCUUUAAAAAUUGUGAUUCGCUAUGUAGUAUACCCGAAACAUACAAUGUUAUACUCGGAACUAUAGCGGGGGCAGGAGGGGGAAGAGAGCUCUUGGGAGUUCUCUGGUGGCUCAGAAGAUUAAGGAUCCUGACUUGUCACUGCUGUGGGCUGGGUUUGAUUCCUAGCCGAAAAACUUCCAUCUGCCGCUAGAAUGGCCAACCUCCCCCCGCCCCCCUCAAAAAAAACCAAACAAAAACAACCUCUUAAAUCAACGUGCAAAAGAUAAGCGUGGACACAAAAAGGCUGGUACACAGUAACCUGGCGACCAUUAAUAGUAAAGAAAUAAGUGAGAACAGCUCAACUGAGGGCAAGCGAACAGGGUUAACCCAGUGACAUGAUUUACUCUUGAGGACUAAAGGUUAAUCCAUCAUACAUCCCAUUUAACACUUAUUUGCACCUUGAGCGGAGGGUUAUUUUUUUAAUUGGAGAAAGUCGCGGUUUUCCACCUCAAGCCAAUACUGCCACUCGCACGAGGCUCAGGCUCCCUCGGUGGGGUCUUUUCAAUGCCCCGACCCCCCGAUGGAGAAGGCUUCGAGGUCUGCGCCCAAGCCCAGUCUCCUGGGCUGACCGGCUGGCCCCGCCCGGGGUCGGACCUGACCAAGGCGGCGGCCGUCAUGACGUCCACCCGGCAGCAGAGAUGCGCGAAUAGAAGCUCUCGCGAGGCAGCGAGGACGCGCCUGUGGGGCAAGCGCCGAGGCCACCCGCUCCCUGCGCUCGCCCCAGCGCCGCGCAUGCGCCAACGUAGUCUCACGCUCUGCGGUCGAGGCCCUCACUUUGUCGUCACAGGGCAGAUGGUCCGGAUUGAUUACACCGGAACAGAGCCUUCCAGCCCUUGCAAUAAAUGUUUGUCUCCAAAUGUGACAUCUUGCAUUUGUACCAUUAACUUCACAUUGGAACAAUCAUUCGAGGGCAAUGUGUUUAUGUACUAUGGACUGUCUAAUUUCUAUCAAAACCAUCGUCGUUAUGUGAAAUCUCGAGAUGAUAGUCAACUAAAUGGAGAUCAUGGUGCUUUACUUAAUCCCAGUAAGGAAUGUGAACCUUAUCGAAGAAGUGAAGACAAACCAAUUGCUCCUUGUGGAGCCAUUGCCAACAGUAUGUUUAAUGAUACUCUAGAAUUGUAUCUGAUUGGCAAUGAAUCUGAGUCCACACCUAUUCCUUUGAAAAAGAAAGGCAUUGCUUGGUGGACAGACAAAAAUGUGAAAUUCAGAAAUCCCUCUGGAGACAUUCCACUAGAAGAACGAUUCAAAGACACAGCAAAGCCAGUAAACUGGGUUAAACCAGUGUACCUGCUGGAUUCUGACCAAGAUAAUAACGGGUUCAUAAAUGAGGAUUUUAUUGUUUGGAUGCGCACUGCAGCGUUACCUACUUUUCGUAAGUUGUAUCGUCUAAUAGAGCGGAAAAGCGAUUUACAUCCAACGUUACCAGCUGGACGAUACUAUCUGAAUAUCACAUACAAUUAUCCUGUGCAUUCAUUUGAUGGACGAAAACGGAUGAUCUUGAGCACUAUUUCAUGGAUGGGAGGAAAAAAUCCAUUUUUGGGGAUUGCUUACAUCGCUAUUGGAUCCAUCUCCUUCCUUCUGGGAGUUGUACUGCUAGUAAUUAAUCAUAAAUAUAGAAACAGUAGUAAUACUGCUGACAUUACCAUUUAAUUUUAUAUUCUGAAAACAAAUUUACUGCAUGUGCAUCAAGGCCAGUCCUAUUCAACCUUGCUUUCAAAUGCUGAUGUCUGGUUAGUAUGUCAUUUUUGAAGUUGGCACAUAACUUUUUUUUAAAGCAAUCUUUGUCCUUUGCUUCUUCCUUAUGGAUGACUUAUGAAAAUAUAUGACGGGUAUAAGAGAAAUUAACUAUAGUGAUCAUAUCAACACUGUAACUGCUGAAAUGGCAUUCUGAUGUUUGCAUUCUGUUGGGACAGGCCGUAUGAUGCAUAGAGCCUCUUUGAAGUGAAACGCGUCUGCUGCUUAAAUGUUUAUACUGUGUCGAUAAUAUUAUAUUGACAUGUGAUACUGUAUAUGUGUGCCUAUUGUGUGAAGAGCGGAUUACAAUAUGUAUGAGAAUAAUGACUUGCUAACUUUCAGGAUUCAAGAGUUACAAAAAGAUGAAGAAAGACCAAAUCUAAAUAAAAUACUUCAUCAUUUUCAUGUGUCGUGUGUACAGGCUUCAAGGACCAUCUUUGUUGAGGUGGUCCACAUAUUCACUUUACCCAGUAUAGUUCUUUGUUGAGCUUCUUUUAACUUUGAUUUCAAAGGGCAUGGUUACCCGUCUAGCAUAGGACUUAAUGCUUUUGUCUGAAGAGGUCAGGUAGGUCUCAGGAGAAUUUAAAAUUCCUCUUUCCAUUUGGUUAAGAUACUGCAGUCAGGAAACCCAGCUCACUUGAUGUUUUAUGUGUGAACAUUUCCUUUGAAGCUUGCACUUCCUAAGGGGUGAAAGAAUGUAGGUGAGCUGGGGAAACUUCUUGGCAGAUCUUUACCUUCUGCCUCAACUGUAAACCGUAUGUAAAUGUUCAAAGGAGACUCUUUUCAUUCUUGUGGUAUUUAACAUUCAGAAAUUUUCUUCAGCAUUGGAAAUACCUCAGGCUGUUUUUAUUUUGCAGGUAAGUGUUUUAACUUAAGUGUACCAAUAAUUGUAUACCAGAAAUUUUGGCGAAUAAUAACCUUCAUUUCUUCCAUAUGUCUUUCAGUUUUUGCUGAUAGGUCAAAUAUGAACGUGUAUGCACAUUCUCUUUAGUUAAGGCACCAGUUAUUAUGGUUGGUAUUUCUAAGAUGUACUUUAAAAAGAAGUUCUUUAAAUUUCCUGAAUAAUUUCUGGAGAUUUUGGAGUAUGUAUAUGAUUAUAGUAUGCGUCUCUGUGUGUGUGUGUGUGUGUGUAUGUGUGUAUAUAUAUGUAUAUGCUUGAAGUUACUUUAUUUUCUAUUAACUGGAAUUAUUUUAAUAUUCUUUAUUGAAUAAACGCUGUAAUUUGUUUGCUGUGGAACUUAUUCUUGAAUGUAAACUUACUUUUUCACAUGCAUGAAAGGUAUUUCUUAAUCAGAGGUGGCUUAAUUGCAUUGAAAUGGCUAUUUUUUUUUAACUAAAAUAUCUCAUAUGUUUGUAUAAAUGAAUGCUGUUUGACUUCAGAGUUCGUAAUGGUUUCCUUUGGUUAUAUUUUAAAUCAAAAGGUCUGGGUAAUGUAUCAAUUUUGAUUAAUAUAUGUUUUUUUAAAACAAAAAGAAAACCUCAAAAAAUAAUGUAAUGAUUAAUAGUAGAAAUGUGCCACACUUCUUAAGUUUUGUAUAACAUGAAAUUCAGCUAAAACAACUUGCAGUUUAUAAUGACUUGUAACAGGUAGACUAUUACUUGCAUGAGGUACUUAAUGUAUGAUUGAUUAUCCUGCAGUGUCUGAGUAUAUAGGGUAUUCUUUAUGUGAAACUAUUCUUUUGUCUUGUCAGUCCUUCAGAAUAUGGCUGUUUAUUCUGGUAAUAGAGCCUACCGCACAUGGCAGUUGACUUUGUGGAGUCACCACUGGGGGAAGGGUCUUCUAGUCUUUGCAGAUUGAGUCUGUGCUGUUAAGAUGGACUGCCAGCCUGUAUCUCUUUCUCACUGUGGGAUCAGAGGUGCCGCUGCAGAAUAGCUGAAGAGUGCUUCCAGUGCUUCCUCAUCUGUGGUGAAGAUGGAGUCCUAAAACAUAUUUGGAGUUUUAUCAGUUUUACAAGUACAUUGAUGGCCUAAAUUCUCCUUGUCUCCUGCCAUUUGAGCUCUGAGGGAUUCCUGUUGCUAAAUACGAAGAAUGUGGAACAUUCAUAUGGCCUCUGUGACUGAGGAAGGAAUACAUUUCCUCCUUACCAGCUUCAUGCUCAUCUUUUGGAAACACUGAUGUCAUACUCAACUUCCAAAGAAUCAUAUUGUGUUUUAAGACAGCUAGGUUAAGUAGAAGGCAGUGAAGAAUGCACUAACUUGGAGGAAAUAUUUUGAUAGACAAAGUUCCCAAUUGAAGGAAUUAUUUAAUAAGUAAAAGCUAAGAAAUUUCUUUGAAAUCGUAAAGCAGUUUAAAAAUAAAUUAGUUAAAAUAACUAUACUACCUAACAAUUAUUCAACCAAGUGGAGAGUCAAGUGAAUAUUAUUUGUUUAUUGGGUUGGUAACAGUUUAUUUCUAAGCUUGAUUCUGUUGAAAGAUAACCUUCUGUUAGUAUGUUCUAUAUUAAUAAAAAUGAACACAAUUUUGCUAUGUUCAAGUGUCUUGCUAAAAUAACAGUGCCCCAGUGUUGUUGCUAGUAAUAUUUAGGACUAAAUUUUAGCUCAGGGUCAGUAAGUCCAAAUUUUAACAUUUUCAUGCUUAGAUUUUAUUGCCAUAUGUAUAAAUAUUAAUCAUUCUGACAGCAUUAACUGCAGGGUUUACUGAGAAACAUCUGUUCUUACCAGGAAGUAGUCAGAUUGUAAUCUCAGUUAUGGGCAGACAGGCUAAAUUUGGCAGUAGAUAAGGGAAAAUUUCUGGUAAAUAGAAAAUGUAUAACUCAUGGAGAGACAAGGAUGAUGAAAAUAAUGAAGUGGGUGGAGAUAUGAAAAGCCAGACUAGGAAAGGGGUGUCUGAAAAGUAGGGUUCAGCCUGCUCACCUCUUAUCUUCAUGGAAACACUGCCUUAAAAUUACUUUAUGGUCCUUUGUUGGUUUAGCUGCAAAGUUAUAUUCUUUGUGAACAUGGAUAUUUUGAGGGGAGGGUGGAGGGAGUAAGGAAGUGCUGUUUCAAGAAGAAUUUGGUGCAUAGAGUUUUGUUGUAUCUGGAUAAACUAGUAAAGUGUAUUAGAGCCUCUUUUUAGCCCAUGCCCCAUUCAAUAAACAUAAAAAUCACAUUUCCCCAGAUGUCAUUUGAAAUUUCAAAAUAAAUAUCUUGUCUAAAAUCA